UCAAAACACAUUAAGGAACCACACGUGAGCAAGAGAGAGAGAGAGAGAGAGAGAGAGAGAGAAAGGGGGGGAAGAGACCGAGAGUGUUGAUGCCUUUGUCUCAGAGACCGAGAGUGCUCUGUUGAUUUCUGGAGAACUAUAAUUUUCAAAAUCCUCGUACAUCAAUCAAAGAAAUCUUUACCAUCACCAACAAACAAAAGUUUCUUAGCUUUCUGCUUCUCUUAUAAUUUCAGUCAGUACUUUGUAAUCUAACACUCCAGCCACUUUUGUCUCCUAUUGUUUUAUAAACUAUAUUAACAGUGGACCACUUUUUUUUUAUAGUGUACCUUGCCUUUGAAGUUCACUCAUUAUUAAUUUGUAGCCCCCUAUUUUAUACUUCCUUCUUUCCUUCUAUCCUUUUCUUUCUUCUUUAGCAACUCCACCUCCCUAUCCUUACCCUGGGAGAGCAUGCCUGGAUGUCCAGAGAAAGGGAGAGAUUUGACGAGGUAGGCAAGAAGUUUAAAAGAGAAACUGAUGCUUCCCAUUAUCAAAUGGGAAGAAGACACAUGUUGGGCCCUCCUGGAACCCUAAACACCAUCACUCCUUGUGCUGCCUGUAAACUCCUCAGACGAAGGUGUGCACAGGAAUGCCCAUUCUCUCCUUACUUCUCUCCCCACGAACCCCAGAAGUUUGCCUCGGUCCAUAAGGUCUUUGGUGCCAGCAACGUCUCGAAGAUGCUCAUGGAGGUGCCGGAGACUCAAAGAGCAGAUGCAGCAAAUAGUCUUGUUUAUGAAGCAAAUGUAAGGCUAAGAGAUCCGGUGUAUGGAUGCAUGGGUGUAAUUUCAGCUUUGCAACAACAAGUUCAAUCUUUACAAGCUGAGCUAAACGCAGUAAGGGGCGAGAUACUUAAAUACAAAUAUAGGGAAGCAGAUCUCCUUCCUUCUAAUUCUCAUCAUCAUAUGGCUUUAUUCUCUACUUCCGGGGCUGUUUCCGUUGCUUCCUUGCCGCAGACCCCACAACCACUGCCGCCACCGUCACCACGACCUCCUUUACCUCCUACUUCUUCCUCUUCUUCUAUGUACACUAAUCAACAAACCAGUGCCGCGGACUAUAGCUCCCUUCCAAGUGAAAAUGUUUCCUUCUUUGGUUAAAUUUUAAUUUUUAGACUGAAAUUAAGACAUCGAUCCCAUUUAAUUUUCUUAUUAUGAUGAUUCUUCAAGUGGAAUAAAAUGAAGAUACAGAGAAAUGUUUUAUAAUUGAUAUACGGUUUCUUGGGAGGUUUUUAGUUUCUUAGGUACUGUCUUAAUCCAUUUUAGGUCCUUAUUUUGUCGCCAGAUAUUGUUGGUUGUUGUGUUCCUUUCCUCAUGCUAAAUUUAAUUUCCACCACUUGUUCUUCUUCCUAGUUAUUCAACGAAACUAAGGCAUGUCCAA